UGCUGCGAAAUCCACCAAGUACGCGGAUAAUAGGACAAUAAUAUUCUAUUUCAAGUACCACCACUACAAACAUCACCUGGUUGGCUCAUAUAUGCCGGCUAUGGAGCGGCAAUCGCUUUUGAACGAGAAGGCCGCCCCCGUUUACGAAUGGCAGACCAGCAAUGAUGAGUUGGGUUACACAAGGAAAACGAAGAGAUCGAGUACAAGAAGUGCCCUCCGCAGGGCCAUUGCACUGCCUUUGAUUUUUGGACUGGCUGUAUACGGAUCGUACACCUUUUUCAGACAGGAUGUCCGCCCGGACGCACGCUCAUCGAUGCCGGCAUCUGAGCGCCUAGGCUCCUUUAACUAUACCUGUCUAUCGGGACAGUCCUGCUGGCCAUCUACAGAAGAAUGGAACGUUUUCAACCAGAGCAUUGACGGCCAUCUUAGACUGACUGUGCCCUGGGCCGAGCCAUGCUACCUCAACUCGUCCAGUGAGCAAUGCCAAGAUGUUGCUCAAAACUACCGCGACGGAGUAUCGCGAACGACGCAGUACGGCUCCUUGGAGUUCCUCGACUGGGAGAAGUGCGAGCAAUCACAGUGCGCCCUCAACUCAUUCAACACUUCAGAACCCGUUUCUGGCAGCUGUUCGCUCGGACGACUCUCUGCAUACCAUGUCGAAGCCAAGUCUGGAAACGAUAUUAGCAAGGCACUGGAUUUCGUUCGAAAACAUGGCAUUCGCGUCUCGAUCAAAAACACAGGACACGACUACUUUGGGCGGUCGACUACCCCCAACUCUCUUGCCAUCUGGACACACAACAUGAAAGAUACCAGGUUCCACAAGACUUUCCAGCCUCAAGGUUGCAGCGCCCGCUAUGAGAACAUUGGCGAAAUCGGGGCUGGCAUACAGGCACAGGAGGCAUGGGAAGCGUUCGAACCACACGGCAUGCUGGUCACUGUGGGUGCGGUAGGAUCUGUCGGUAUCGCAGGAGGCUACGGGCAAGGAGGCGGUCACGGACCGCUGGGACCCAAGUACGGACUCAUGGUUGAUCAAGCUGUCGAGUUCGACGUCGUUACUGCAGACGGCAAACAACUCACCAUCAACGAGUGCAGUGAUCCAGACCUCUUCUGGGCCAUGCGUGGAGGCGGAGGCGGAAGCUAUGCAGUGCUUACAUCGUACAAAUUUCAACUCCACCCUGCUGUUCCGCUCAACGUAUACAGCUUCCAGGCUCACUUCCCUGCGCCAAAGAACAUAUCCGAGUCGCGCAUCCACCGAGAAAUUGUUUCCGGGCUUGCUGCCAGCCAGCCGCUGUUCGCUGAACAUGGAAUCGCCGGGUACAACUUUAUCCUACCUGACCACGUAGUCUUCCUGCAAGUCAUGCCGUCCGACGACACCGAGGUGAUCAAGACAGUCACGGCUCAGUGGCACGACCUCCUUACACACCUGCCUGGUAUCGCCAUUACGGAAAACAAUUACCAUAUCUUUAAUACCUUUUCCCAAUGGCACGACUUCUGCGAACGGCCGCAGAUCUCGCGCAACGGGCCCGUUGGACUCGGGUUCAAGGGCUCUGGCCGCUUCAUUCCACGCGACCUUUUCGCGUCCUCGAACCGCGAGCAACUCGUCGACGCUGUCGUCACCGCCAUGCAAUUCUCCUACGAGCGCCACGGCGGCGGCGGAAUCCAGCUGUACGCCACUGGCCCAGACAACACGCCCGACACCAACAGCAAGACGAGCGUCAACCCCAUCUGGCGCGACUCCCUCUGGGAAGUCGUCAUGGGCCAGUUCUGGACGACCGCCACCCCGGCGGCCGCCAUGUCGCCCAUCCAGAAGACCGUGUCCGCCAUGAUCGACCCGUUCAAGGCGCUGACGCCCGGUGGCGGCUGCUACAUGAAUGAAGGCGACUGGACCGAGGAGAACUGGAAAGAAGCGUUUUUCGGCACCCACUACGACAGGUUGCUCGCUGUCAAGAGGCGAUAUGAUCCCACCGGUCUGUUCAACUGCUGGAAGUGCGUCGGCUGGACCGGAUAUGCAGACCCAAUGUACUCGUGCUACGCGCAGACUCGACAAGACCCCAGACCGUCUGUGCCGCUGGAUCCUCUGGGUGGGAGUCUGAACUAGACUCCGAGUAGCUUUUGAUCCAUUUUCUUUCAUUUCUUCUUCUUCUUCUUCUUCUUCUUCUUCUUCUUCACGGAUUCUAGAACGAUAAAUGGGUGGACUCUCGUCGAGUCUCGGGUCUAUUUUCUCUUUUCUCUUUACAUUAUGCAAUGAUGUUAACAUGCUUACACAUCAGGGAGGAUCUCACACACACAAUAGAAAGUAUAUAAGAGUUUUCUUUU